CUAUUUAUCUAUCUGUGGACAGGGUUUCUCUGUGUAGCUCUGGCUAUCCUGGAACUUGAUCUGUAGACCAGACUUGAUCUGGUCUCAUGGAGUUCCCCUUGCCUCUGCCUCUCAAGUGCUGGGAUUAAAGGCACGUGCCACCAUCACCAGCCAUCUUGCUGCCUCUUAUCCCCCACAAAGUCCCCCAGGCCUGGUUCCGGCCUUGGUGAAGGGGACCCUAGAGUCGGAGAAAGUGACCACAUAUGCCCUCAUACACUGUGGUCUCCCAGACUCACUAACAGUGCGAGAGAGCCCUAGGCUAGCAACCACAGCCAUGGCCACAUUGCUCUUUGUGGCUAAGUGAACAGUCGGCAUUGGGGACCACUCAACAUAGCUUCUCUAGCUGGAGGGCUUGUCUCUUCUCCCUGGGCUUUCCUGUCCCCUGUGGAAGAAUAAACGAGCAUAACCAGCCCUCUCGCUGCAGGACAUUCAGCACAAGUCUCCACCCCUUGAUCAGGUCACAGUAUGUGACAUCGACCAGCCAGCAGGCAUUCUCCCCAGCCUCAGCCCCUCCUUGCAUCUUCAUCCCCUAUGUGUGCAAUGGAGCUGAGUCAACCAGAGCCAGGGUCCUUACCUACAGAAACUGUGCGUGGUACGUGGCAUCACCAGGGCCCUGGGGGAGGGGAAGAGGUCCAAUGAGGUGUCGGUUCCCUAUUGGCCUAAACCACAGAUAAUUCGAAAGCACAUCCUCACCACAGCCUCAGCAGCUCUACCAAGUAGCUUCAGAGGCCAUGAGGCUGCCGUUGUUGCUGCUGUUUGGGUGUGGGGCUCUCCUGGGGAGCCUUGGGGAUAAGGCUUCGCUCUCAGCUACCGCCCCGAUGCUGGAUGAUGAAGAGAAGUACUCAUCCCACAUGCCUGCCCACCUGCGCUGCGAUGCCUGCCGGGCUGUGGCCUACCAAAUGGGCCAACAUCUGGCAAAGGCAGAGGCCAGAUCUCACGCUCCAGACUCCAGUGGACUGCAGGAGCUGAGUGAGUCGGCCUACGUGGAUGCCCUGGACCGGACCUGCUCUCAGAACUGGCAAUCCUAUGGAGUCCAAGAAGUGAACCAGGUGAAGCGUCUCAUGGGCCCAGGACUUAGCAAGGGGCAGGAGCCAAGCAUAAGCGUGAUGAUUACGGGGGGACCCUGGCCUAACAGGCUCUCCAUGACGUGUUUCCACUACCUGGGAGAAGUUGGAGAAGACCAGAUCUACGAAGCCUACCGCCAAGGCCAGGAGUCUCUGGAGGCGCUGCUCUGUGGGGGCGAGCAGGGGUCCUGCUCGCAAGAGACCCAGGCCCGGAGAGAAGAGCUUUAGUCUGAGCUGUGAAACCUCUGAGUCGUCUCUCUCUACUUUUUUUUUUUUUUUUUUGGAGAUAGGCUCUCAUCAUGGAGCCCAGGCUAGCCUUGAACUUGUCCUGUGGCCUCAGCCUGGAAAGCAAAAGCGCUGGGAUGACUGCCCUGAGCCUUUGUGCCUGGCCCUCCCCUUCCUUUCAGCUGUGAUGGUGGGAGCGGGAUGGGGGUGGGGGUGGGGGAGUCAGGAAGCCUGGCUCUUGCUGCCAAUCUUCUUCCUCCACCCUUCGCUGGGGCACUGGGCUGCGUCCACCUUUCUACUUUCAAAUAAAGCUCAGUGCCCUGAAUCCUCUCUGUGAAAGGGUUUGG